GGACAAAGAAGAAUAACAAGAAUGUGCGCAGAAAUUAGAUUCCUUUGAUAAGAGGAGAGAGAGAGAGUAGAUGCGGGGUGCAGUAACGCCAUGGCUUUUUCUCAGUUUGUCCUCGGCCCUAGUCCUUGUCCCCCCAACCGCGGCCGCAGAUUACGUUCAAAUCUCAUGGUUUGUGGCAGAAGACAAGUAGAGAUAGUGUACGAUCCUGAUGAAAGGAUAAACAAGUUGGCAGAUAAGGUGGAGGUUUCAAGGCUCUCCCUCUUCUCGCCUUGCAAGAUUAAUGUUUUCUUGAGAAUCACUAACAAAAGAGACGAUGGGUUUCAUGACUUGGCAUCCCUCUUUCAUGUAAUAAGCCUCGGAGAUGUGAUUAAGUUCUCUUUGUCUCCUUCCAAAUCCAAAGAUCGUUUGUCGACCAAUGUAUCAGGGGUUCCCCUUGAUGAUAGGAAUUUGAUUAUCAAGGCUCUUAAUCUCUACAGGAAGAAGACCGGCACCCACAAUUUCUUUUGGAUUCAUCUCGAUAAGAAAGUGCCUACAGGAGCAGGACUUGGUGGUGGAAGCAGCAAUGCUGCAACUGCGCUAUGGGCAGCAAAUCAGUUUAGUGGUAGUCUUGCCACUGAGAAGGAGCUCCAAGAAUGGUCGAGUGAGAUUGGUUCCGAUGUUCCCUUCUUUUUCUCUCAAGGUGCAGCCUAUUGUACUGGUCGUGGUGAGAUUGUUCAAAAUAUUCCUCCACCUGUACCCUUUGACAUUCCGAUGGUUCUUAUAAAGCCUCAGCAGGCAUGUUCAACAGCUGAAGUUUACAAGCGCCUGCAGUUGGAUACAACUAAUAAUGUUGAUCCUUUAAAAUUGCUGGAAAGAAUCUCAGUGAAUGGAAUAUCUCAAGAUGUUUGCAUCAAUGAUUUAGAACCUCCAGCAUUUCAAGUUCUCCCCUCUCUUAAAAGAUUGAAGCAGCGAGUACUUGCUGCCAGCCGUGGACAAUAUGAUGCUGUUUUCAUGUCUGGAAGUGGAAGCACUAUUGUUGGGAUUGGUUCUCCAGAUCCUCCUCAGUUUGUAUAUGAUGAAGACGAAUACAAAGAUGUGUUUUUGUCAGAGGCCAACUUCCUCACUCGUGAAGAAAAUCAUUGGUACAGAGAACCUUCUUCCAGAAGUGCUAGUGGCCAAUCCUCUGAUCUUUCCGAGUCUAUUCCUUGAUUAUCACUCCCCUAUGAGAGAACUAAAAUAACCUUUAUAGUAAUAAAGUCCGAUCUCAUUUAAAUUUGGCUUAUUAAUCUUGUGAAGUUGUGAUCUGUGAACAAAUCUUGUGCUUUGCUAGAUAUUAGUUAGACAACAUGUGCCCAUACUAUUUU